GGGCCGGAGAAAGCCCAAAGGCCAAAACCUUCCUCCUCUUCCCCUCCACCCAAACGAAAAUGGCGACCGCCCCUCCUCUCCUCCUCCUCUCCUCUCGCCCCUAUCCAUUACGCUGCCGCCACCGCGGGGCCUCUCCCCGCAUCUCCUCCAGUCCCAAGCCCAAGCAUAAGCUGCCCCUUCUCAUCCUCUCCCUCCGAGCCAACCCGGCGGCGCCCCUCCGGCGCAAUGUCUCCGUGGCCUACGGUGACGACGACAUGGACGACGACUUCGGCGACUUCGACCCCGAAGACGCUGAAGGAGACGACGACGAACUCGACAACGAGCAGGACUACGACGUCGACUACGACCGCCUCCUUGCCCCCGUCAACGCCAAGCCCCCGCUGCCUUCUUCACUUUCCGGGGGGAACGGCGACGAGGGGGACAUCGCCAUGGUCGCCGCCGAGAGCUUCGUCUCCACGCAGGACUCAGCCUCCGACACCGUCGUCGACUACUCCGUCGACGAGGAUGAGUUCCACAAGAUCCGCCUGCUCCACUGCGACUUCCUUAUCCGCAAGGUGCCUGACCCCGACGAUGACGUCUUCGACUUCAGAGAGAUGUAUGUCACACCACCCGACACUGACACCUACUCCAUUCCGAGAGUUCUUGCCCCCAUGCCGCAGAAGUACGUUAGAUGCACGAAGAAAAACUUUGGCUGCUACAACGUAACUGAGCCACCAGUUGAGCAUUUGCGUGACCCGCUGUACAAGACUGAAAGGGAGAUCAAGAAGGUCUUCUUAACCAAACACUACAGAAACAGGCGUUCUGAUGACCCAGAUUUCUUCCUUGAUUUUGAGGAGAUUUAUGUCAUUGACUCAAAAACAAGGUCAAUCACAAGAGCGAAAGUUGUGGUUAGUGUUCCUGAAGGAAAGAAAAGAGAUAGGGGAAAUGACCUGCUACUCAUACGCGAUGGAGGGGAGUCUUUUAGAAUAAUUGACAAGACUAAAAGGGAUGAUGCAACCACUGUCAUCCAAAGAGAAGAGUGGGCAAAGUCGAGACAAGAUGUGGAGAAGCAUUUCAGGAAGCUCAGAGACUUUGACUACUCAAAUUGGUUCUGAAGGAAUGGCUCUUGUAUUUCUUGCAGAGAAAAAUGACAUGCAGAGAUUUUGCUGUCUUUGCUGCUGAUUAAUUGUCGCAAGCAACCGGUUGAUCAAGAUAGAAAUGCCAUCUUGAAAGUAGAUAGGUUGUGUGUAACAUUAGUUGUAGCAAGUAGAAUUGUAUGCCUGCACAAAAAGUGAAAGAUUCUGGUGAAUGUGCUACUUUGUUGAGUAGCCAAGCUAAUGAAUAUGUAGAACUUGAGCUUCUUUUUC